CCUAAAAAUAUAUAGCUAAGACUCAAGAGCUAAGACUUGUAGACAGAAACCCAUCUCCAGAGCAAGAUAUUCAGGCAACAUGGCUUCACUACCAGACCAACAAAAAAUGUCACAAAACGAGUUGGAUUUCUUGCGGGCACUGCAAGCAGCUACAGCUCCAACACUUCCUCUGGUAUUGAAAGCUGCCAUAGAUCUUGAUUUGUUAGAGAUCAUGGCAGCAGCAACUGCUAGCAAUAGCAUGCUUUCUCCUACUGAGAUUGCCUCUCGUCUUCCUACACAAAACCCAGACGCCCCAACCAUACUCGAUCGCAUUCUUCGCCUUCUUGCCAGUCACUCUAUUUUAACAUGUAAACUAGUUGCAGGAAGAGAUGAACAUGCUCAAAGAUUAUAUGGCCUAGGACCAGUUGGCAAAUAUUUCGUCCGAAAUCAAGAAGGAAAUUCUCUUGUUCCUACCCUCAGAGUGUCUUUGGAAAAAUUUUAUAUGGAGUGUUGGUAUCACUUGAAAGAAGCAACAUUGGAGGGUGUGUUACCAUUCAUGAAGGUACAUGGGAUGCAUUUGUUUGAGCUGGCUGCAAAAGAUGAUAAAGUUAGUAGCAUGUUCAAUGCUUCAAUGAGCAAUCUCACCGGCAUGGUCAUGAAAAAGGUCCUGGAAACUUACAAGGGAUUUGAGGCCUUGAGCCAGGUAGUAGAUGUUGGUGGUGGAGUAGGUGCAAACCUUAGUCUUCUAGUUUCCAAGUACCCACAAAUUAAGGGUACUAACUUUGAUUUGCCCCAUGUCGUUAGAGAUGCACCCCUCAUACCAGGAGUGGAGCAUGUUGGAGGAGACAUGUUCAGCAAAGUUCCUAAAGGAGAAGUGAUUUUCAUGAAGUGGAUACUUCAUGAUUGGGGCGAUGAACAAUGCUCAAAGCUAUUGAAGAAUUGCUUUGAAGCAUUACCAGAGAAUGGUAAAGUGGUGAUCGUGGAAUCUUUACUACCAGAAUUCCCCAUGACUGACAUUGUGACUAAGAUUACCUUUGAGCUUGACGUGAGUGUGUUGCACAUGAUCCCUGGUGCAAAGGAGAGAACAAAACAGGAAUUUGAGGCAUUGGCAAGAGAGGCUGGUUUCAAAACUUUGAAUGUUGUUUGUCGUAUUUACAGCUAUUGGGUCAUGGAAUUGUGCAAAAAUGUUAACAUUGCCAAUUAAAG